AGCCAUGUGAACGCUAACUGAAACUGAAAGUUGAAAAUAGAGCAAAAAGAGCAAAGCUCUGAGCGCUUAACUCUAUUCCUUAUCUCAACCAAAGAAAUCAAUCAAGGAAAAAGCAAUGGGCUUUGUGAUGGGGAGCUCUUGCUUUUUACACUCUCCUCUCUCCCUCUCUCGUUUUCCCUCUUCUUCUGACCCCUUUUUCGUGUAUUCCUCCUCAAGAAAUGCAGAGGCCAAGAGAAGGAGAGCUCUGCCAAUGGCGUCUCUGCGCCAAGAGGACCCAAACGACGCCGUUUCUUGCAAGAGGAGGGCUAUUAUGUUGGUGGGUAUUUCAGUUCUUCCGUUCUUGCAACUCAGGGCUAAUGCUCUUGAAGGCUUGGCCACUAGAGAAAGUGAGCUCAAAAACCCGGAGGAGAGGAAAAAAGCAGAGCCAUCUGAAAUAAAUGCACCAUCAAAUCCCAUUUUGUCUCUCCUGAAUGGCCUUGGUAUUUUCAGUUCUGGUAUUCUUGGAGCACUCUAUGGAUUGGCUUGGGCAGAAAAGAAAGCCACUGAUGCAACAGUAGAAUCUAUAAAGACCAAGCUGAAAGAAAAGGAAGCUGCCAUCAUUUCAUUGGAAAAGAACUUUGAAUCAAAGCUACUGAAUGAACAAGAAGAAUGGAGCAAACGACUCACAAGAGCAAUGGAAGAGCAGAAAUCUCUAAUGGACCAACUAAAUUCUGCAAAUAGUACAAUUGCAGGCUUAGGAAAGGAGCUCAAUGGUGAGAAGAGAUUGAUUGAGGAGCUUAAAAUUCAAAUUGAUAGUCUUGAAACCAACCUUUCAAAGGCUGGGGAAGAAAAAAUAGCGCUUGAGGAAAAUUUGAAGGAAAAGAUCAACUCAAUUGAAGUCUUACAGGGAAGGAUUAAUGUGCUCAAUUUAGAACUCAAGGAUAGAGAAAAGAAUAUUCAAAAUCUUGGCUCUUCUCUUGCUGAAAAGGAUUUCGAGUUGAAUGAAUUGAAAACUACCUACAAGCAAACAAGGGAUGAACUAGCCAAUGCACUAUCAAAUAUUCAAAAAUUGAAAGAUGAACUCCUGAAAGAUCAAAAGGAAUUAGAAUUGAAGAAUGCCGCUCUGGAUCAAUUGAAUGCAACAGUAAGUUCUGUAACUUCUGAGAAAAACGAUUUGAAGAGGAAGAUUGAUGAUAUUCAGGAGGAAUACAAUAAUCUAAAAACAUCCUCCGGACAAAAGGCAGCUUUGGAUGCCAAGCUUUUGGGAGAAAAAGAAGAGGAACUGAAGCAGCUAAAGGAAAGGCUUGAACUUGUUCUGUCUGACACAAGUAGAAACAAAAAAAUAAUUGCUGAUUUGACCCAAGAGAAGGAAAACUUGAGGGAAAUGCUGGAUAAACAAUUGAACAAUGAAACGAAUCUGAAACAUGAGCUCCAUAUCACUCAUGAAGCUCUUGGAAAAUCAAGAAAUGAAGCUUCAAAUCUGGAAAUUCAAUUAAAGCAGUCAAAAACUUUGUGCACAGAACUUGAGGCUGAGAUCUCUGGGGUUCAGGCUGAGUUUGCUGGAGUUAGGGAAUCACUGCAGAGGAGCCUUGAUGAGGCUACAGUAAGUAGUGACGUGUUUGCUGGUGAGCUUGCUGCCGCAAAAGAACUUCUGAAGAAAACAAAAGAGGAGCUGCAAGUUGUGUCUCAUGAACUAGCAUCUGUUGCAGAAAAUCGUGAUAGCCUGCAAGGGGAAUUGGUUGAUAUCUAUAAAAAAGCUGAAAGAGCUUCUAAUGAUCUGAACGAAGAAAAAGAAUUAGUUUCUUCUUUAAAAAAAGAACUUAAAGCUCUGGAGAAGCAGAUUUCGAAGGACAAGGAGUCCCGGAAAUCUCUUGAAAUAGACCUGGACGAGGCUACCAAAUCACUGGAUGAGAUGAACCAAAAUGCUUUGUUACUUUCCAAAGAUUUAGAGAGGGCUAAUUCUCUAAUUUCUAACCUUGAAGAUGAGAAAGAGGUGCUUUACAAGUCUCUUACAGAGAAAAAGAAUGCAUCCAAAGAGGCCCGAGAAAACAUGGAAGAUGUCCAUAAUCUUGCCAUGAGACUUGGUGAGGAAAGGGAUAGUCUGGAGAAGAAAGCAAAGAAGCUUGAAGAGGAAUUGGCAUCUGCCAAAGGCGAAAUAUUGCGGCUACGUAGUCAAAUAAAUUCGUUGAAAGAUCUUGUAAAUAAUCAGCAACUGCCUAAACGCGAGACUGAAGCACCUGUCACUGCUACUGCAAGGAAAAGUAAUCAGCAACCACCGGAAGGCAAGGCUGAAGUGCCCGUCACUGUUACUGCAAAGAAAAGCGGUAGGAGGAGAAAGGCUGCCGAAUAAGAUAGUGAACUACUUUUGAUUGCCAUAUUGAGUCAUGUGUCAUCAUCCUUCAAAGCCUGUUGUUCUUUGGCUUUUUUCUUCUCUGACUUCAAAGUUUUCCCACUAUCGUAGUAUUAUAGAAAUACGACACUGAGGGGGUGAAAAAUGAUUUGUGUGUAACAGUUCUUGCGUAUGAAUGUGCUUCCCUUGUACAUGCUCAGUGUAUAGUAUCAAAUCUGAAGUUCAGUAUAUAUUUUCAUACAAGUCUGUAUUCAUAA